GUGUCAAUCAUACGCCUAACAUGCUUUAUCGUGCAUAAAAUCACAUGCAGUAAACUUAAGAAAUUUACAGUCACGCAUAAUAUAUCAAGAUAUACCUGGAUUGUGCAUGUUUGCGCUGUAUGAAAUAUCAAUUUAAUUGAAAACUGUGCAUCUAUGCACAAAAUGGAUAUAUUCAUAUAUACCAUUCUCGCAUUGCUUGGUUUGAUAUAUUUGUUUAAAGCAAAGAAAUCCAAAGGGAAAACCAUCCCUGGACCGCCGGGAUGGCCUUUGCUCGGAAAUGCUUUGGAAAUUACGGAGCAAAAUAUGCCACAAAAAUGUUUCGAAUAUGCGAAAAGAUUUGGACCAAUUGUUCAGUUAAAGCUUUUUAAUACGAAUGUAGUUUUACUAAAUUCUACGGAAAUGCUCCAAAAAGCAAUGAAUGGUGAUCCAUAUAAACAGUUUUUCAACGAUCGACCUGGAUAUUUCUAUGGGGAACAUUUUCUUUUUGGUGGUCAGGGAGUUGUCGUGUAUAAAGAAGGGUACGGAGGCGUCCAUAGCGACUUGCGGAAGUUGCUAACGAAAGGGUUGCAUGUGUACGGAGAUGGUAUCAAAGACUUUGAGGAUUUGAUUAUAAGUGAGCUUCGAAACCUGGUCAAGAAAAUUGAAAAAUUGGAAAACAAAGAAUUUGAAUUUAUCAACACAAUUAAAAUGUCGCUAUCAAACUUAUUAUCCAUCUUGCUCAUAGGAGAGUCCCUGGACGAAGAUGAUGACGAUAUAAACCUGCUCUGGGAAUUCAAUAUGCUGGUUGUAUUUAUGUACACUGCCAAACCUGAUGCCAUGUAUUCUAAAUUUCCAUUCAUCCGGUAUCUCCCUGGGACGUAUAAAGAGAAAUACCAAAAGAUGGUAAGGACCAGGCGAAGAAUGAUUGAUAGAUAUUACACAAAGGUGAAGGAGAACCACAAACCGGGCAACACACGUGGUCUGGUACAUGUUCUCCUGGAAGAAAGGAAUCAAGAACUGGAGAAUGCACCUGACAACGUAAUUCUCACGGAAGAGAGACUGAUAUCAGUUGUACUAGAAAUGGUCGUAGCAGGCCUUCUGACUACCUUGUGCUCUUUAAGCAGUAUGAUGUUGUGCUUAAUGAGUCACCCGGAGUGUCAAAAGAGAGUACAGAAGGAGAUAGAUGACGUCAUAGGCAAAGAUCGUCUGCCGACGGUAGAUGACAGAAUAAAUUGCAAUUACAUGGAGGCAGUUGCGAUGGAAGUACAACGACUGAUCACAAUUAUCCCUCUUAGCGCACCUCAUAUUUGUCGCCCUAACUUGCAGUUCGAGGGUUAUGACAUUCCAGCAAAUUCACUGGUUUUGCCGAAUUUGAAUUUCAUUCACCACGACGAAAAAAUAUGGGGUCCAGAUGCUUGGGAAUUUAAACCGGAAAGGUUCCUUGAUGAAAACGGGGACAUAAUACCAAGAACCCAUGUUUACAGACGCAAUUGGGUUCCUUUCAGUACUGGGCGACGGCAGUGUUUGGGAGAUACUUUAUCCCGAACUCGGCUUUUCCUGUACACUGCCACAUUAUUUCAGCGAUGGACUUUCAUACCAUCUCCUGGAAAAUAUGGCUCAUGUGACACGAGGUCAGGAGAUUUUGAAAUAAAUGCGGCAACCCUACCGAAAGAGUUUUACUGCAGAGUUGAAAAGAGGGUGUAAUUAAUGUAGACACUGAAUCCGAACAUACGUUCAUUUUUUUAGAUAAAAGACAGAGUUACAAGUAAAAUAUACAGCUCACAUUUAAUAUUGUUUUAAAAGACAUGAUAAGAGUUUGUUUUUAUCAGAUGUGUAACAGACUUUAGCUUGUACUUAUCAAAGUCUUCAGUUCUGAAAUAUUUUGUUGGUAUAUACUUGUUGUCAUGUUAUUUGAAAUGAUAUUAUGUAUUAUUAUUUUCUAAGUAGUUUAAUACCCAUACCAUCCGUUUUUGUAUCUUACAUAUAAAUAACAUGCACUGGUUAAAAUUUUGAAGCAACCCGUUCGCUAUAUAUUUUUCUCUACAGUUUCUACUGCGGCCCUUGGCGAUGUUUGGCAAAAGCGAUGUUUCCUGUCUGCUCUGCUUCCAGGAUAUAUACGCUACCUUUUGAAUAUUUUAAUAUGUCAGUAUAAUUAUGUAAAUGCAAUAGGCGAAAUCACAUUACUCUGAUAGGAACAUAAUCAACCUUAUUGAAAAAGUAUAACUUGACUUGUCUCUGGAUUUAAGUAAAUGGGUUAGAAAUUAAGAAUGCCCUGCAAUUACUUAAGAUAAUAUAGAUAAUAGGGUUAUUAUAAUAUUAGCUUGAUCUGGGAUGCUGUAUCCAGCUCGAGUGGAUUUUGCCAGAUUGGAUUCUUUUCCAUUUCAUUCUUUUAUUUUCAUACUAGUAUUUGUUAAUCAUAUCUUGCUAUGAAAUUUAACUUAACCAGUCUCCAUGUUCAUGAAUCAUAUUCCUAUGACCUUACAUGUGUUAUGAAUUUUUAUUGAUUGGUUUUCAUGUUCAUCAGUCAUAUUGAACAUUUUAUUUUUUUAGCAUGUUUGCGCUAUGUUUUUUUUUUUAUAUUAACCAGUUUUCAUAUUCAGCAAUCAUAUUGAAGUAACAUUUUAUAUUCUAGCAUAUUUGCGCUAUAAUCUUUUUAUUUUAACCAGUUUUCAUGUCCAUUAGUCAUAUAGGAAUAACAUUUUAUUUUUCAGUCUAUUUGCGCUAUUUAUUUUUAAUAUAUGUUAACCAGUUUUCAUGUCCAUUAGUCAUAUUGAAAUAACAUUUUAUUUUUAGCGUAUUUGCGCUAUGAUUUUUUUUAUAUUAACCAGUUUUCAUGUCCAUCAGUCAUAUUGAAAUAACAUUUUAUUUUUCGGCCUAUUGGCGCUAUUUUUGUUAGCUCACCUGAGCAAUGCUCAGGUUUUUCUGAUCGCUCGAUGUCUGGCGUCCGUCGUCUGUCGUCUGUCUGUCGUCCGUCAACAUUUAGCUUGUGUAUGCGAUAGAGGCUGUAUUUUUCAACUGAUCUUCAUGAAUUUUGGUCAGAAUGAUUACCUUGAUAAAAUAUAGGCCGAGUUCGAAAAUGGGUCAUCUAGGAUCAAAAACUAGGUCACUAGGUCAAAUCAAGGAAAAACCUUUUGUAUGCGAUAGAGGCUGUAUUUUUCAAUUGAUCUUCAUGAAAUUUAGUCAGAAUGAUUACUUUGAUGUAAUCUAAGGCCGAGUUUGAAAAUGGGUCACCCGGGGUCAAAAACUAGGUCACUAAGUCAAAUCAAGGAAAAACCUUGUGUAUGCGAUAGAGGCUGUAUUUUUCAAUCGAUCUUCGUGAAUUUUGGUCAGAAUAAUUACCUUGAUGAAAUCUAGGUCGAGUUUGAAAAUGGAUUAUCUGGGGUCAAAAACUAGGUCAUUAGGUCAAAUCAAAGAAAAACCUUGUGUAUGCGAUAGAGGCUGUAUUUUUCAAUCGAUCUUCAUGAAAUCUUGUCAGAAUGAUUACCUUGAUGAAAUCUCAGAAAAGUUCGAAAAUGGGUCAACCGGGGUCAAAAACUAGGUCACUAGGUCAAAUCAAGGAAAAACCUUGUGUAUGCGAUAAAGGCUGUAUUUUUCAUUUUAUCUUCAUGAAUUUUGGUUAGAAUGAUUACCUUGAUGAAAUCUAGGCCGAGUUCGAAAAUGGGUCAUCCGGGGUCAAAAACUAGGUCACUAGGUCAAAUCAAGGAAAAACCUUGUGUAUGCAAUAGAGGCUGUAUUUUUCAACUGAUCUUCAUGAAAUUUUGUCAGAAUGAUUACCUUGAUGAAAUCUAGGCCAAAUUCGAAAAUGGGUUAUCUGGGAUUAAAAAGUAGGUCACUAGGGCAAAUCAAAGAAAAACCUUGUGUAUGCGAUAGAGGCUGUAUUUUUCAACUGAUCUUCAUGAAGUUUUGUCAGAAUGAUAACCUUGAUGAAAUCUAGGUAAUUUUGAAAAUGGGUCAUCUGGGGUCAAAAACUAGGUCACUAGGUCAAAUCAAAGAAAAACCUUGUGUAUGCGAUAGAGGCUGUAUUUUUCAAUUGAUCUUCAUGAAUUUUGGUCAGAAUGAUUGCCUUGAUAAAAUCUAGGUCAAGUUUGAAUAUGGGUCAUUGGAGAUCUAAAACUAGGUCACUGGAUCAAAUAAAAACCUUGUGUAUGCAUUAGGGGCUGCAUUUUACACCGGAUCUUCAUGAAAUUUAAUCAGAAUGUUUGUCUAUAUGAAAUCUAGGAGGAGUUUGAAUAUGGAUCAUAUGGGAUAAAAAACUAGGUCACCCGGUCAAAUUAAAGAAAAACCUUGUGUACGCAAUAGGGGCUGCAUUUUACACUGUAUUCUCAUAAAAUUUAGUCAGAAUGAUUGCCUUGUCGAAAUCUAGGUCGACUUAGAAUAUGGGUCAUCUGUGGUCAAAAACUAGGUCACUAGGUCAAAUCAAACAAAAAUCUUUGUAUAUGCAAUAGAGACUGUAUUUUUCAAUUGAUCUUCAUGAAAUUUGGCCAGAGUGCUAGCCUUGAUGAAAUAAAGGUCAAGUUUGAAUAUGGGUCAUCUGGGGUCGAAAACUAGGUCGCUAGGAUAUAUCAAAGAAAAACGUUUUGUAUGCGAUAGAGGCUGUAUUUUUUUAAUCGAGGUUGAUGAAAUUUAGUCAGAAUGACUGCCUUGAUCAAGUCUAGGUCAAGUUCGAAUGUAGGUCAUCUUAGCUCAAAAACUAGGUCACUAGGUCAAAUUGAAGAAAAUGCUUGUUUACACUUAAGAGACCACAUUUUUGAUCCAAUCUUAAUGAAAAUUGGUCAGAAUAUUUGUUUCCAUGAAAUCACUAUGUCAAACAUAUUUACACUGUUAUGGUGUGUUUAUCAGGUGAGCGACCUAGGGCCUCUUGUUUAUAUAUAUUAACCAGUUUUCAUGUCCAUUAGUCAUAUUGAAAUAGCAUUUUAUUUUCAGUUUAUUUGCGCUAUGAUUUUUAUAUUAACCAGUUUUCAUGACCAUCAGUCAUAUUGAAAUAACAUUUCAUUUUAUUUUUAGCGUAUUUGGGCUUUGGGCUAUAUUUUUUAUAUUAACCAGUUUUCGUGUUCAUCAAUCAUAUUUAUAUAGCCUCGUAUAUUCUGGGGUAGUCACGUUAUGUAAUUUUAUAUUUACCAAUGUGUUGAGAAUGGGUAAUAUAUUAUAAAUAAACUGGUGAAAAUGU